UGAAGAAACUUAGGAACGGCAGCAAUAUCGGGGCGGAGCUAGAGUGGCCCUUCGCUCGAAUCAAUCUAAGCCGAUAAGAGAUUGGAAUGCAAAGUGUUAGUUUCUGCUGGUUGUCAAAACGUACAACUAGCGCUCCGCAAUCUCUGGAAGAGCCAGCGAAGAAGCUGAAGAAAGAAAAUAUUAGUGCCAAUUGCUAGUUGUGCGUUCGGCGCGACCUACUCGCGAGGGAUUAGUGUCUUGGCACUGUCCGUUACCGUGAAAGGGGCGCUACAAGUUCAACAGAAGUGAUUGGAAUGCUCAAGAAUUUGCCGAAGCGAAGCACGGGCCAAAGCGCAGAAAAUAAUCUCAUGGAAGAAGAGCGUAAUGUUUAGUUUUGGUGUGGUGAGAAAGUGUUAAGAAAGGAAAGCAUUUGCGAAAGAGAAAAAAAAGUGUUUUCAGUUUAGAUCUGCUACGAAAAAAUCAAGAGAAAAAAAACAACCCUUUAGUGGUAACGUGCGUUGGCAGCGUAGGUCAAGCUUCAGAAACCGGUACCAGAACGUGAGCACGGCAUUGCCGGAACCGCAGCAAGAACUAGUGGAGUUUAGGAGGAGGAUCUCCGUCGUUGCUUUACGGAAAGAUGGCAUCCGGUGAUACGGCGGCGAUCGACACGAUUGACGUAGAAUCGGCACUGUCUACCAAAAACUCCGAGUUCACUACCAGCAGCAGUAACUUCGCCCGGGAACAGCAGCUAGAACCGGAUGAAUAUGGCAAAUUCAUCAGGGACACGCCCGGAAAACAAAUCCUGGCCGAUGGGAUGUCGGCGGAACAAGCCCUGGCCGGGCGGCCCCAUCGGCCGAAGUCGGACAAGGAGCGCAAAAUCGGUCACCGGCGGGUGGGCGAGGGUGGCGAGAUUACCUACAAGAAAAUUCAAACCACCCAAAUUAUGGGUUCGAUUCAGCUCGGAAUCCAGCAUACGGUGGGCAGUCUGGCGUCGAAACCCCGGCGGGAUUUGCUGAUGAUGGACUUUUGGGAGCUGGAAACGAUAUCGUUCCCACCGGAGGGAUCCAGCAUGACUCCGGCGCACCACUUUAGCGAGUUCAAGUUCAAAAUCUAUGCUCCAAUAGCGUUUAGGUACUUUCGGGAUCUGUUUGGUAUCCAACCGGAUGAUUUCAUGAUGUCAAUGUGUUCAGCUCCGUUGCGGGAGCUCUCGAAUCCCGGUGCGUCCGGUUCUAUCUUCUAUCUAACCGAUGACGACGAAUUCAUCAUUAAGACUGUGCAGCAUAAAGAGGGCGAGUUUCUGCAGAAACUGUUACCAGGAUAUUAUAUGAAUCUAAAUCAAAACCCCCGCACGUUGCUACCCAAGUUCUUUGGGCUGUACUGCUACCAGUGCAAUAGUAAAAACGUUCGACUGGUGGCGAUGAACAAUCUGCUGCCAUCGUACGUGAAAAUGCAUUUAAAGUAUGACUUGAAGGGAUCGACGUACAAACGAAAGGCCAACAAGGUAGAACGAUCCAAAUCUUCCCCCACGUACAAGGAUCUGGACUUUAUGGAGCACCAUCCGAACGGUAUCUUCCUGGAAGCGGACACCUGCAAUGCACUGAUUAAAACCAUCCAGCGGGACUGUCGGGUGCUGGAAUCGUUCAAAAUUAUGGACUACUCACUGCUGGUCGGGGUCCACAAUCUCGAUCAGGCCCUGAAGGAGAAACAGGAAGCGGCGGCCAAGGCAAGGUCGGACGGCGAAUCGGACUACGAGGACGCACCGGAGGCGGACCAGUACAUGGUGCAGGAACGGGAAGAACAAAGGACGUCGGCACUCAACAGGAGCAGGAACAGUACCUAUGGAAAAAUGCUCAUUAGGUCCAUCAACCGACAGCGGCUUGUUGCGCAUUCGACUGCAAUGGAAAGUAUUCAGGCCGAGAGUGAACCGAUCGACGAGGAGGACGAUGUACCACCGGGUGGUAUCCCUGCACGUAGCGAGAAAGGCGAACGACUCCUGCUGUUCAUCGGUAUUAUCGAUAUUCUGCAGUCCUAUAGGUUAAGGAAAAAGCUGGAACACACGUGGAAGAGUAUUAUACACGAUGGUGAUACCGUAUCGGUACACCGGCCCUCGUUCUAUGCACAACGCUUUCAGGACUUUAUGGCGAAGACCGUUUUCAAGAAGAUUCCAUCUCUGGAUCUUCCCGAGAUCAAAGGCAAUCAUAGAAAAUUUCGCACGUUGGUCACCAGCUACAUAGCGCUAAAACAUUCGCCGUCUAAGAGAAAAAGCCUUUCGAAAGCAGCACAGAGAGCCAAAAAUGAAGAAACUGAUAGUCAGCCUGUCGCAGGCAGUUCCCACCAGCAUCAUCACCACCAUCAGCAGCAGCAGCAACAGCAGCAGCAACAGCACCAACAACAGUCUCAGUUCCACCCAACACAGACACAUUUUAACCAGCACACAACCGGAACACCAAAGUCAGACCUGGACGCCUCGUCCAGUGUACAGACGGCCAUUUCGCUGACCACCAGUUCCGGCAGUAACGGGACGGCUGCCAAUAUGACGGUAGCCCAGGUGAACUCAAGCGGUGGUCCUACCAAGGGAACAGGAACACGAAUGGGUGCUACUGCUACUACUACUACUACUACUACUACCGGUGUCAGUGGAACCACUCCCACUAUGCCCCCGCUGAAGAAGAAAACUACUAUCGUGAAAGCGAGUGUGCCGCCUCCUGUGCCACCACGGGGCUCGCCCAAAAUGAGCAAAGCUGGCAAAAAAGGUAGUGGCGGUGGAGGAGGAGGAGGCCCCGGUGCCACCGGUUCCCUACCGAGUCAAUCCGGCAGUAGUCACUGGGGACGAUCCAGCGCAGGUAAACUUGAUCCUCCGUCGAAAUCGAUGCCGGCCCCGAAAGUGACCCGAAAACGCGACAGUGCAGGUGGUUAUGGGCGAUCACCGAGCAAAGUUCUCAACUGGCUCAGCAGGCACGACUUCCAGGUGGCGGAGACUAGCAGUCAGAACGUAGCAGUUGGAGCCACUUCCUUCCAAUCGUAUAAAACCAAAGCCGAUCUUCGGGAAGGGAUGCUGGAGCAGUCCGAUGGGAUCGGGGGUGAACCAACCAUGAAAAAGAUGACCACCAUCUCGGAAAAUUCCGAUUCACUAGAGGAGACCGUUUCGAUUCAGGACCGAAUUAAACAGUUUUCAAUUCCGGGUGAACCCGCAAAAUUACCACCGGCCAGCUUCGUCAUACCGGUUAUCAAACAGUCCCAAUCGGUUGCAGAUAUUAACAAUAACCGGAGGGUUGAGGAAAACUUCAUUCCGAUGGCGGAAAGAGUCCAAACGUUGAAAGAGGAAAUGUACGAUGAUUUGGUGUUGUCUGACAUGCACGAUACUGUGCGUAACAGAAUGCAGGUGUUUCUCUCGCCAAAUUCAACGCUCGAACGACCGGAUAGUGAAAAGAAUCUUCCGAAUGGCCCAAUUCUUCGCCAGACGAGAUCCGUUUCGAUGGUGCCAACGGUUGCCCUGGUGAAAGUCUGCAACCGGGAAGAGAUUCAACGAAAAAUUGAAGAAAUCGAACGUGAGAUUCGUCGCAACGAGGAACGCUUGAGAACCAUCCCGGAUCCGGUCUCGGUAGGCAAGACACGGGUUUCGAAAUCGACGUCGAAAGUACUGCGAAACGAUAGCAUUUUGUCGCGACUGAAACCGAAAACUGUGAAACCUCUCGCGGAACAUCCGGCAUCCGGCGAGACGGCAAAUGCGCUGCGUCAGCUUGGUCUGCCCCUGGACGAGAAUCACAACAUGGAAAGCUACCUCAGUCAGUUCAGUUUGGAGGGGGAGUUCGUCUAGCAUCCGUCCUGUUCAUAGCUUGUGUUUUCCCUUCUCCAGCGCGUCAAUUUUCAGUAUGAGGGCUUUCCGGUAGUGUUGUAGUAGCUGUAAUCUCCUGUUAGUUUGAAUGUAGUGCUUUUGAAUUUAUCGUGUAGAUAAGGAUUUUUGUUUCCUCCGAUACAUUUAAAUGUAGAGGUUAUGUGUUGUUCCAAUGUGUCACAAUAGGAAACUGAGUUUUGUCUUGUUUAAUCAUUUCGGAAAUGUAAAAAGUUCAUGGCUUAUGGACACAAUUUUUAAGCUGGUCGAGAAUUUACGAGGCUAUUUGUGAGCACAUUUGUAAUAAAAUCAAAUUUUUCAAAUAAGACCGACGGACUUAGCGUUGACGGAGCCUCCGGGUGUAUAUUAUACUGUUUUGUUUUCAUCAAUACUGGUAUGACUAAUCCACGCGAAAUGCCUCGUGCAUGCAUAUUUCUUAGUGAUACCUUUAACUCACCUCUUGUAUCUGAGCUUAUAACUCGAGGUGUUUUCGCUGUUGUUUGACAUACUUGCUAAAAAACCAGUCAUAGUGGGAAUCAGAAAACUCAGGCUCAAAAAUGACAAGGGAAUCUAAAAAAAUAAUUCUCGAACUGCCUAGAUUACGCGAAGGACGUUCAGUGAAAGUCAAAUUCUUGCGAUACGACGGCUACUUUUAGUGACAAUAAAUUUAUUUUAAAAAUUGUUGUUCACAGCAUCUGAAAAUUCAUAAUUUCUCCUGAUUGUCAACAUUGGUUUGAGAGUAGAACACGUUGUUGACAGGGAACUUACCCGUGGAACUAUUCACCACCGAGGAUACGCGGUCCCGAAGUUCUAGCGAAACAUAAUAAUCGUCCAGUCCAACCCAGCCUCUCAUUAUUGCUCUCUGCUUCUUUUUCCGUAAAAUGGCGAAUUGGUUCAGUGUCCAGCGGAUGAACUUACGGAAUUUCCUUGGAAUUUUUGCUUUCUACUGCCGCACACUUGAUCGAACUAGCCAUUUACGGCCAUUUUUUUCUCAACACCGAGCCAUCUGUACAGCUUCCCAUUUCGGAUCGGUUUUAGUCCGCAACAAAAAACUCCUCGUCAAAUCAUCAGUUUCUGAAUGUAUUUAUCGGCGAGAAUGAACUUGAUUAUACCUGUAGUCAGUGUUGGUGAUUGCCGAAAAUUUGUCAGAAGCUGCUAUAUUGCUAUCUAUAUUGUAUAAAACAUUUUCAAUCCGAUAGAAGAUGCUACAAGAACUCGAGUCUCUCAAUGCAUGAACCGUGAGAAAAUUUUGCUACAUUUCUGCGCUCCACUUCAUACUCUGAGUAUUUCACGCCCUUAAAAAAAUUACAGUCUGAUAAUGAUCGCUGCUGUGUGGAAUUUCCCAAGAGAGAAUCGCAAAUUGACAACUAUGGUAGAAAAUCAAAUCGAUGAUUCAACUUGAUGAUUCUCAUACUAGGUUGCAGUAUUUCAAAACCCUUGUGUGGAGCAUUCACAGACAUUUUCAUAGACACAACUUAUACAAAGAUUAUAUGCACAUAGUUAGAAUAAGCGGCAGUAGUGAAAUGAUUCUAUCGCAAUUAUCAACUGCCUGAAUAGAAUCGGAUCGCGAAACGAGAAUAAGCGACCGUUUGUUGCUUCAGAGAGGAUCCCCACAGCAGCGUGCUAACCAUUGAUUCUCAGAAAUGUCAUCGAGAGAAAUUCGCUCUCGCACUGGUGUCUAUUUUAUGUUAAAUGAGCCAUGUCGGGCUUUUGUUGCUGCGAUGAUAUCCGUCUCUCUUUGAAGCCACUGAUUCAAUCGUGUGAAGUGUUGCUAGUAAACGUUCUUUGAUACGAUAAAAGCCAUCCUUGCCUGUAGUUAUAUUUGGCAGCUUGCUAAAUUUGGGUAGAACUUCACGAAGCAUUUCUGAGCCUCAACGAAAAGCAAAACACAUAUAUCUAUAUACUCUUGUCUAUACAACUUCAAGUCCGUCAUAUUGUGGGUGAUGAUAAAUUUGAUUUUUAGUUUGCUGUUAUUAAUUUCUUUGCCAAAUCAUCAAUCGAUGGGUUAAUAAACCAUGAAAAUAAAUUUGAAUUUGCUGAGGAACUAAUAAUUGGCGGUGGAUUGCCCAUAUAUACAAAUUUCGUCCCAACUCGAACAAAUGUUGUCAACACACUCUUAGACUUUGAUUACAUUUUCUGGACAUGUAGAAUUUGUCACAGAAUGACACUUUGCAUACAUUGUUUUUCCAAAAUCGAUUUAGACCGUCUUUUAGAAAGCGUCAAACUUUUUUUACCAUUUUUUUUUCAAAUGGUAAAAAGGUAGUCGAAAAAUGACAAAUCCUUAAUCGAAUAAAAAUUGAUGAAAAUAAAAUCGGUUUGAACAAGAACAUGUUUAAAAAAUUUUUUUUAAUAAAAAAUCUUCCCUUGUUGCUAAGUACAGGGUGCUCCAUCUUUUAUGUCGGUAUAUAAACAUUAAAUAACUUUGAGAAAAAACAACCGAUUUCUAUAAGUGAUGUAGUUUUAUUCAGUUUGGUUUUUACAAUUUUUUUGGACUAACACAUGGGCUAUAUAGUCCCGGGCCUAGAAAAGAGAACACGAUUUUAUUGGUUCAAAAUUAACUUUAUUCAUCAAUGUAAUCUCCAUCAAGAGCAACGCAAUUAUACCAGCGCCGCUCUAACAUUUCAAUACUACUUUUGUAGAACGAUUUAUCUUUUGCCUCAAAAUAGUACAAGUACAAAGAGUACAAGAGAAAUACGAUGCGCAAAGGGAAUUGAGCGAGCCACGUGGUCGAUUUAAAACUCAACAUGCGACCUUCUGUCCUCAGACCUUAAGUUGUGUUGCCGAUCCGAGUUUUCUCAUUAACCUUGUGAACAACAAAUUUAAAAUCGCGUAUAAUGUUCCCAGCAAACACAGAAAUUGUUUAUUUUUCUGCACAUGUACCGAAAUGAUCGUUUCGUCGAGACUUCGACAUUCGAUUGAAAAAUCUAUUUUCGCUGUAUUCAUCCGUUGUCGUAUUAAAUAACAAUUUUCACGGACCCAAAAAUCUGCAUUCGAUGUUCAUAGCGUAGUUAACCAAAUGGAGAACAUAACUUCGAGGUCUGGUCCCAGAAAUUGGUUUAGUUCGAGAGAAAUAAGACAUCGAGAAUUAUUGUUUCAUUUCAAUUUUGGGUCAAUCAAGGAUAUCAGCGUUUGUGUAAACUUUCGGAAAAAUGUAUAUUCGAAAACAUGUUCCAACGCAAAUGUAUUGGCACCGUAAACACAAAACCAGCGUUCGCAGAACCGGGAUUUUUGGCACAGCCGGCUUUGAUCGAGGCGUUCGUGAUGUUUGACGUUUGACGUGAGUACUGCAAUUAUUAUUGUCUCGGCAAUCAUUUAGUGAAACAUGGGAAAUCGAUCGAAACGUAUCAUAUAACGAUAACAAAAGAACACAUUGAAACAAACUGAUCUCGAAACAUUCCAGAAACGAAUAUCUGAGAGCACACUGUGAAUGUGUGCGUGUGGAUUUGACCCCAAAAUCAUUGCUGCUUAGAAAGCCGUGUUGCGAGAAUUUUUUUUCUCAUGUGUUCGACUAGGUUUGUUACCCAUCGUAUGCUUCAAGUAUUCAGUUUUUGUUUUUCUAUUGGCAGCUACGUGUUUGAGUCAUCUAUCGGUUUGUUUCACCUGCGCUUGUAUUUUUUUUACUAAAUACACGUUCAUUCAUUGUCACUGAUCGAAUUCAGCUUGGAUUUUUUGUUAUCAACAAACAACAAUAAUAUUAAUAAUACCUCGACACUAACCUUGAAAAUAUGCAUAAACACAACCAAACUUAGCCGCUUCUCCUCGUAUCACGCUAGGCACAUCUCCUUCCUGUUCUUCCACCCCUCCUCCUGCUUUCGACGACAUCUCCGAGCACGGUAGCAGUAGUCAUCGGCACUCGUCCGACGACAAAACGGGCAGCA